AUGAUCGUGAUCCCUUUGCAAGUCGUGGUGAAUAUUGCAUCCAUUGUGAUUGGCGAGACGGGCCCCUUUAUUAAGGAUUGGGUAACUUGGAAUCGGGUUUUUCUUUUAGUAGACAUUAUAUGCUGCUAUGCGAUUAUCUUCCCGAUUUUGUGGUCCAUUCGGUCUUUAAGGGAGACAUCAAAGACGGAUGGGAAGGCUGCUAGGAAUCUUGCAAAGCUUACACUUUUUAGGCAGUUUUACAUUGUUGUUAUUGGGCCAGUUGAGAAAAACGAGUACUUUGCACUUGACGAUGAGGAGGAAGAGGUUGCAGAGUUGGCUCUUAAGGAUGAAGAGUUUGAGCUGUGA